CAAAAAGCGAACAGUUCACAGCGCAGUGUCCCAUUUAGUGUGUGAUCGUCAAGGAGUUCAGUCUUCGGUGUUUUAACGUUCCCGUUUUUCUGUGCUAAAAAGAAGCAGAAAAAAGAAGAGUGAACGAUUUUAAUUGUUGAGAUCCAGCAGCUGGACGAAAAGACUACUUUUUUCUGGGAAAAACCAGAACAGUUUUUAAAACUAAUAAGCCAACGUCAACGGCUAACAAAACCUUUUUGUUAAAAACUUGAUAACAAAAACCAGCAACAUGAGAGAAAUCGUUCACAUCCAAGCCGGUCAGUGCGGAAACCAAAUUGGAGCCAAGUUUUGGGAAAUCAUCUCCGAUGAGCACGGAAUCGACGCCACCGGCGCAUACCAUGGUGACUCUGACCUGCAGCUGGAGCGCAUCAACGUGUACUACAACGAAGCGUCUGGCGGUAAAUAUGUACCACGUGCCGUGCUAGUCGAUCUGGAACCAGGCACCAUGGAUUCAGUCCGCUCGGGCCCAUUCGGACAGAUCUUCCGCCCGGAUAAUUUUGUUUUCGGACAGUCUGGUGCCGGCAACAACUGGGCCAAGGGACAUUACACUGAAGGUGCCGAACUGGUUGAUUCAGUGUUGGACGUGGUGCGCAAGGAGGCCGAAUCAUGCGACUGCCUGCAGGGAUUCCAGCUGACUCACUCGCUCGGAGGUGGUACCGGAUCCGGUAUGGGAACACUGUUAAUCUCAAAAAUCCGCGAGGAAUACCCCGACAGAAUUAUGAACACAUACUCAGUUGUCCCCUCGCCCAAAGUAUCAGACACCGUUGUGGAACCGUACAACGCCACGCUAUCCGUGCAUCAGCUGGUCGAGAACACCGAUGAAACGUACUGCAUCGACAAUGAAGCCCUCUAUGACAUCUGCUUCCGCACCCUGAAACUCACGACUCCUACCUACGGCGAUCUGAAUCAUCUUGUCUCGCUGACAAUGUCCGGAGUUACCACCUGCCUGCGUUUCCCUGGUCAACUGAACGCCGAUCUGCGAAAACUGGCCGUCAAUAUGGUACCAUUCCCGCGUCUGCAUUUCUUCAUGCCUGGCUUCGCUCCACUUACCUCCCGUGGCUCGCAACAGUACCGUGCUCUGACCGUUCCAGAACUGACCCAGCAGAUGUUUGAUGCUAAGAACAUGAUGGCGGCAUGCGACCCACGACACGGACGAUACCUGACUGUUGCCGCCGUCUUCCGUGGCCGCAUGUCGAUGAAGGAAGUCGACGAACAGAUGCUGAACAUUCAGAACAAGAACAGCAGUUACUUCGUCGAAUGGAUUCCGAACAACGUCAAGACCGCCGUCUGUGAUAUUCCUCCACGAGGAUUGAAGAUGUCUGCCACCUUCAUCGGAAACUCGACCGCCAUCCAGGAGUUGUUCAAGCGUAUCUCCGAGCAGUUCACCGCUAUGUUCCGUCGUAAGGCUUUCUUGCAUUGGUACACUGGCGAGGGUAUGGACGAAAUGGAGUUCACUGAAGCCGAGAGCAACAUGAACGAUCUGGUGUCCGAAUAUCAGCAAUACCAGGAGGCUACCGCCGAUGAGGAUGCCGAAUUCGACGAAGAACAGGAGGCUGAAGUUGAUGAAAAUUAAAUCAAGCUCUCAAACACAAAUCCAUCGACCUGACCUCCUUACUUAAUCCUCUCCCUAGAAACUCUUCUCUCAUUCCAAGUCUCUGUUCCUGUGCUCUUUACCGUUUUCCUUCCACUGAUUUCCUCUCCCUAUCACUAUACGAAACCAGAUAAGAGAGAACGCAACGUUCUUUUCCCGGAAAGAACCACGAAAAGUGUCAAUCACAGAGUGAAAAGCUACUAGAAAACAUGAGACAAAAGUGAAGAACAGGAAGUCGCAUGCAAACCUAAAACACUCAACAACUAAAACAAAAGCAGCAGGAUAAAAGUCGCAAAUUUGUAACCACUGCCAGCUCAGCAAAAGAAAAAUAAAAGUGAACAAAUUUAAAAAAAACCCAA